AGCCAGUCUGACCCGCAGCUAGAACUGUCUCUGGCGGACUGUUCAUGGGAUGAACGCAGCUUUGUUUUCCUUCGUGAAGCCGCAUCUGUCCUCCGCCUUAAUGUCGGACUACCCCGACCUGCAAAGUGCGCUUUUUGUCAACAAGUAGGAGAUAAAACUAUCAGACGCAUAUUGGCUCCCACAGUUCUAUUAGGUAGUUUUCAGUCUUAUUUAGUGUUCUCCUGAGUGAAAUCGGACGCCAUGGCCACCUUCCUGAAAAGCCUGCUUUGGAUGCUUUUCUUGUCUCCAGAUCUGAGAUGUAACGCUGAUCAAGGCCUGUCAGUGGAUAGAGAUGGUCUGGCGGAAGCUCAGAGUGGAGCUGCACCCACAGCUGAAGGUUAUUUCUUGGAGUUCCAGGAACCAGUCAACAACAUCACCCAUUUCCAGGGCCAGACAGCCACACUGCACUGCAAAGUAGCUGGAAACCCCUCGCCGUCCAUCCGGUGGCUAAAGAAUGACGCCCCAGUGGUGCAGGAACAGGGCCGCAUAACCAUCCGCAAGACAGAGGCAGGAUCCAAGCUCCGCAUCCAGGACCUAGACACAACAGACACAGGAUAUUAUCAGUGUGUUGCCUCUAACUCACUCAAAGUCAUCUCUGCCACAGGCGUCCUUUAUGUCAAACUAGGACAGAUGCCCACACGUGGCCCAGAUGAACCGUCGCAUGACAAAGGUUUCUGUCAGCCAUACCGAGGCAUUGCCUGUGCACGAUUCAUUGGUAACCAGAGCAUCUAUGUUGAGUCUCUACAGAUGCAGGGGGAGAGUGAAAACCGCAUCACUGCUGCCUUCACUAUGAUUGGCACCUCCACCCACUUAUCAGAUCAAUGCUCCAGGUUUGCCAUCCCAUCCUUCUGCUACUAUGUCUUCCCCCUGUGUGAUGAGGGCUCAAGGGGUCCUCGGCGUCGUCAGCUCUGCCGAGAUGAAUGUGAGGCCCUGGAGAAUGACCUUUGCCACGCUGAGUACACCAUUGCCAGAUCCAAUCCCAUGAUCCUGAUGCAGCUCAAGCUCCCCAGCUGCCACUUACUGCCACGACCAGGCACACCUGAUGCUUCUUCAUGUAUAAGGAUAGGAGUGCCACCAGAAAAACUGGGUUCAUAUUCACCCUCAGACAACAGCUGCUACAAUGGAAGUGGUGCUGACUAUAGGGGCACAGUCAGCUUCACUAAAUCUGGUCACCACUGCCAGCCGUGGAGCGUUCAGUACCCUCACAGUCACCACCUGUCCCGGGAGUAUCCUGAGCUUUGGGGAAGUCACAACUUCUGUCGUAAUCCAGGAGGCCAGAUGCAGGCCCCAUGGUGUUUUACGCUGGACCCUCAGGUCAGGGUGGAACUAUGUGACAUUCAACCUUGCAAGCCACCAGAAAAUCCCAGGAAGGAGAUCCUGUUCAUUCUAAUCCCUGCAAUUGCUAUUCCACUUAUCAUCGCUUGCCUCUUCUUCCUGGUUUGCAUGUGUCGCAAUAAGCAAAAGCCUCCAACUGAGACACCACCACGCUGCCAGCUCAGUAGCUCAUCCAGCCAGGACAUGGAACUGUCUCUCCUCAAUCAGCAAAAACACCAGGCCAAGCUGCGGGAGAUUAACAUGUCAGCUGUGCGAUUUACGGAAGAGCUUGGAGAGGAUCGCUUUGGCAAGGUUUACAGGGGCCACCUGUAUGGUACAGCACCUGGUGAGCAGACACAGGUGGUUGCCAUCAAGACGUUAAAAGACAAAGUUGAUGCCACUCUUUGUGAGGAAUUUCGUCAUGAAGCCACACUCCGCUUUCACCGACAGAAUCAAAAUAUUGUUUGUUUGCUUGGUGUGGUCACCAAAGAGCAGCCAAUGAGCAUGAUAUUCACCUAUUCCAGCCUCGGUGACCUGCAUGAGUAUCUGGUCAUGCGUUCUCCCAACUCAGAUAUUGGCAGCUCAGAUGAUGACAAGACAGUCAAAUCUACACUGGAGCAAGCUGAUUUCCUCCAUGUUAUCACCCAGAUUGCUGCUGGAAUGGAGUACUUAUCCAGUCACCAAAUAGUCCAUAAGGACCUUGCUGCCCGAAACAUUUUGGUCUUUGAUAAACUCAGUAUCAAAAUCCUGGAUCUGGGCCUAUUCAGAGAUGUCUACUCUGCAGAUUACUACAAUCUCAUGCAAGCAUGUCCUUUCCCUAUUCGUUGGAUGUCCCCAGAAGCUAUUACAUACUGCAAGUUCUCCACCGACUCUGACAUCUGGUCUUAUGGUGUGUUGCUGUGGGAGACGUUCAGUUACGGUCUUCAACCGUAUUGUGGCUACUCUAACCAUGAUGUGAUUGAGAUGGUGCGCAGCCACCAGCUACUCCCUUGUCCUGAUGAUUGCCCAGCCUGGAUUUAUACCCUUAUGCUGGAGUGUUGGAGUGAAUUUCCUGCCAGAAGACCUCGUUUCAAAGACAUCCAUGCGCGUCUGCGUUCCUGGGAGAGCCUGUCCGACUACAACAACUCUGCUCAGACUUCUGGUACCAGCACCAACACUACCCAGACCAGCUCUCUCAGCACCAGUCCAGUUAGUAACAUUAGCAUGUGCACAGUGAAUGCAUCACGCUAUGCCAGCCCAAAAAAGAGUUCACCAUUUCAUCAGCCUCAGUUCAUGUCAAUUAAGGGUCAAAUGCAUCGGCCAAUGGUGCCCCCACAGCUCUACAUCCCUGUCAAUGGGUAUCACCCCAUGCCAGCAUACCCAUACCUGCAGAACUUUUACCCCAUGCAAAUACCCAUGGCAAUACCCCACCAGCAGAUUCACCACCCACCACUAAUGGUUAACAAAGCUGGUUCCCACCAUAGUGGCAGUGGAUCCACAUCUACAGGCUAUGUCACCACUGCCCCUUCCAACACUUCUGUCACAGAGCGAGCAGCUUUGCUAAAUGAGGGCUCAAAGACCAAUGAUGAAGACUUGGUCGAUGAAGCAUCCAAGGAAGAGCUAAGCCAAAACAAGGACUUGUCAGUGCCUGAAACAGAAUUGCUUGGUGACAAUGAGGCUCAUCAAACUGACGAAUUGGUGAUCAAGUUGUCAGACACACAAGUGUGUGCUGUUUGAAUACAAUUUGAGCUGAAAUAUUCUAUGAGCUGUGCUUUCCUGGCAAAAAUUCAGAGAGCAGCAUGUGAAGUGAAGGCAGCAAUUUUAGAAACUGAAUGUCUUUUAUGUGUUUCAUAGGUCAUACACUUGAAUGUCAAGUCUAUCUCAUGCCUCUCAGAUCCCUGUGUCGUGAAUUAAGCGAAAUUAAUGGUACAAUUAUUCUUUACAUCUUGUUUUUAUAAUAUUGCCAUUCAGAAAAAUGUAUGUCAUUGCCGUUGCUGUGCAACACAGAUGUUUUCUUAACUUUAGAAAAGUACUUUAGGGGUUGCCUUGAUAUGCUUUUUGCCUUCUCUCAUGGUCCUAGUGUUUAAAGUUGCUGUUUAUUUUCAUUUGCCAGGACCGUUCACAAUGCCCCUAGUGCCCACUCUCCCACCUUUGAUGCCGUAUCCCCCUAUACAAGCACUGUGGGGUAGCAAUUCGGAAUGCUAGUUCAACAAAAAAUGAGAUGAUCUAUCACCCAGUUGUAUUCACUGGAAUGCAGAACCAACCCUGAGGUACUGCUAACCCAUAACAGAUUGAAGUUUUCUGUAGUGUUGGACAGGGGUUUUACUCACGUACAACUCAGCACCAAGUAAUAACAGUUUAGAGGUUAAUAUUCUGAGGUUUGUGAAAGCCACAAUAUGAAAUAAAGAAAUGUAUGAUGAAGAGAAAUGUUGUAAGAGAUUUGACUUAAACUAUGAGUAACUUCUUGAGUAAUUCUCACUUUGAUGCAUUUUGGAGCUUUACUCUAUAAAUCGAAAAAAAAUAAGAACAAAGAAUUUUCGGGAUAAUGACAAAGGAUUGAUUCUACGGGACAUUUUUUUACAUGUGAUUGGUACUUUUAACAUUCCCUUUGGUAACCAAGUUAUAUAGAUUUUUAAUUUAUAUUUUAUUUGUAAAAUUGCCAAGUUUGUUAAUAGAAUGUCUUCUCCAUGAUGUUUCCUUUUUUCAAGCAGUUUUUUGCUUGCCACAUAUUGGAAUAUCAAAUAAAGUCUUAUAAAUAAAGUUUUCUAUUUCCCUCAUGUAGAGAGCUUACUAAGAA